ACUGCGUUCAGGAGGCUGCGUAAUGUGUUGUUUAACAGUGUGACGUGGAGAGUCUCUCAGCGCUCUGCUAAAACUUUCUCAACUAUAAAAAAAAAAAAAAAAAAAAAAGAAGUCACACAACAUGUUGCUUACUGGUUGAUUGUGACCCGAAUAUUUGAAGGCUCACGUUAUUUAUUUGAUUUUGGAAGGAACUUUCUUUUCAUCGAGUAAUACAAAGGCAUCUAGCGAUUAGCCUUAGCUGAUGUAUAUAACGACAGAGAGAACCUGUGUAUGGCUAGCGUAAGGAAGUUUAGCAAGUGUAGUGUAUUUGUACCACAAGAUUCCAAAUAUGACACUGGUUGAACUGGACGCGACUUGCGGGACCGUGGCUGAAUUUUAACGAACGGUAACAGUCGUCGAGCAGUUUGUGAGCUUGCUAACAUUAGCCACUCAGCGGAGAAAGGGAUAGCAGCACCGCGAGGCUGUCAAAAUGGGCUCUCUGCUGCGGGGAGAAGAAAUGUGUUUGGCCCAACUGUUUCUUCAGUCCGGAUCGGCAUACGACUGCAUCGGUGAUCUCGGAGAACUGGGCAUUGCGGAGUUCAGAGAUCUCAAUCCCAGCGUUAAUGCAUUUCAACGAAAAUAUGUGAAUGAAAUCAAAAGAUGUGAAGAGAUGGAGAGGAUCCUUGGAUAUCUGUUGAGAGAAAUCAAGAAAGCUGACAUUUCAUUGCCAGACGGAGAUGUUAAUCCAGUGGCUCCUUUACCGAAGCACGUAAUGGGUAUAAUGGAGCAGCUGCAGAGGCUGGAAGUAGAGUUAGGCGAAGUCAUGAGGAAUAAGGAGAGAUUGCAAAAGAAUCUGUUGGAGCUCACAGAGUACACACACAUGCUGCGCAUCACUUGUAACUUUCUGCAGAGAAGCGCUGAGAGAGAGCCGGUGCAAGUUGCAUACGAGGAGUUUCCUUUCCUAGAAAAGAACACAAUGAUGGAUUACAGCAGUAUGCAGAGGCUGGGAGCCAAACUAGGUUUCAUUUCUGGGCUCAUCCAGAGGACAAAGAUUGACGCUUUUGAGCGCAUGCUGUGGAGAGUGUGUAAAGGCUUCACCAUUCUCAGCUCUGCUGAAGUCGAGGAGUAUCUCCAAGAUCCUGACACUGGUGAGCCCACCAAAAGUGUGGUGUUCCUAAUCUCAUACUGGGGAGAGCAGAUUGGCCAGAAAGUGAAGAAGAUCUGUGACUGUUAUCACUGUCAUGUGUAUCCAUAUCCCAGUAGCAAUGAGGAGAGGAACGAUGUUGUGCAAGGACUAAGUACUCGCAUUCAGGACCUGCACACUGUUCUUCAUAGAACAGAAGAUUACCUGAAGCAGGUCCUGAUCAAGGCAUCAGAAUCUGUCUACACCUGGGUCGUACAGGUCAAGAAGAUGAAAGCUAUCUACUACAUUCUCAACCAGUGUAGUUUUGACGUCACCAACAAGUGUCUGAUUGCUGAGGUUUGGUGUCCUGUCGAUGAGCUUCCCACCCUGAGAAGAGCACUCGAAGAAGGCUCGAGGAAAAGUGGAUCAACUGUUCCGUCCUUUGUCAAUCGCAUACCUACCAAUGACACUCCACCUACCCUGAUUAGGUGCAACAAGUUCACGGUUGGCUUCCAGAACAUUGUGGAUGCUUAUGGAGUGGGGACAUACAGAGAAGUCAAUCCAGCACCUUUCACUAUUGUUACAUUCCCCUUCCUGUUUGCGGUGAUGUUUGGAGACAUGGGUCAUGGUCUUCUUAUGGCGGCCUUUGCUUUUUGGAUGGUGUUGUGUGAGAACAACCGCAAGCUUAAGAACACCAGGAAUGAGAUCUGGAACACAUUUUUUGAGGGUCGUUACAUCAUCCUAAUGAUGGGCCUCUUCUCUGUUUACACCGGCCUGAUAUACAAUGAUUGUUUCUCCAAGUCUAUUAACAUCUUUGGUUCUGGAUGGAGCGUCAAAGCCAUGUUCACAGCUAACGCAUGGCAUGUCAACGAUGUUAACAGCAAUGGCUUUCUUACUCUGGAUCCAAAUGUCACCGGCGUGUUCAGUGGACCAUAUCCUCUCGGAAUUGACCCAAUUUGGAACUUGGCAACAAACCGUCUUACAUUUCUGAACUCCUAUAAGAUGAAAAUGUCAGUAAUAUUGGGCAUCAUUCACAUGAGCUUUGGGGUGAUCCUCAGCACUUUUAAUCACUUGCACUUCCGGAGGAAGUACAAUUUGUACUUGGUAUUUCUUCCCGAGAUCCUGUUCCUGCUGUGCCUCUUUGGAUACUUGGUGUUCAUGAUACUCUUCAAGUGGCUCUUCUUUUCUGCCAAAAACUCCAGACAGGCUCCAAGCAUCCUCAUUCACUUCAUAAACAUGUUUCUCAUGCAAGGUGACUCAAUGCAGCCCCUCUACCCAGGACAGAGCGGCUUGCAGAUGUUUCUGGUAGUAAUUGCUGUGCUCUCAGUGCCUGUCUUGCUCCUUGGGAAACCACUCUACCUCUUUUGGCUUCACAAAGGAAGCCAUCGGCUUCCAAUGUAUAGGGGGUAUGAGCGUGUGCGUCACAGCAGUGAAGAGGAGCUCUUCUUGUUGCGGACACACGACAUGGAGGAGGGCAGCAGUCACAGUGAGCUCUCCUCUAGCGGGGAGCAGCACACGGAGGAGUUUGACUUUGGUGAUGAGUUCCUGCAUCAGGCCAUCCAUACUAUAGAGUACUGCCUGGGGUGCGUUUCCAAUACCGCCUCUUACCUCAGGCUCUGGGCUCUGAGUCUGGCACAUGCCCAGCUAUCUGAGGUACUGUGGGCCAUGGUGAUGCGAGUCGGACUACGAAUGGAAUCGAUUCUUGGGGUUUUAUUUUUAGUGCCAGUGUUUGGCCUGUUUGCCGUUCUCACCGUGUCCAUCCUGCUGGUGAUGGAGGGCCUGUCUGCUUUCCUCCAUGCCCUCCGACUGCACUGGGUGGAGUUUCAGAAUAAAUUCUACAGUGGAACUGGAGUCAAGUUUUACCCCUUUUCCUUCUCUCUCCUGCCCUCCAGCUUUGAACAGGAAGGUUUACUGUGAAGCAAAGGACAUUCUCUUGGAUGAUUUAAAAAGCCAAAAUGUGAUUGUUCCAGUGAUUUCAUGAACUGGUUUGAUUUUCCCCCCCUCCCACCCCUUUAACCAUUUUUCAAAGUGUGUUGAACUUUUAAGAGGACCACAGCACCCUACAGCAUUUAAGGACACUGCCAGUUUGAGAUGUACCAAAAAUACUGCUGUUCUGUCAAUAUAUAUGCACAAUAUAUCUAUUUUGUACCACAGUCAUUAUAUGCUUCACUUUAGAGUACAGUUAAUGAUUUAAUUUGCAGCUUUGAUUUUCUAAUUAUGCUGUAAUUUGUUUCUUGUUGUCAGUAUGAGGAAGCACUUCUCCGAAGUUGAGAACUGAUAAGCACAAGAUAAAGUGAGUUUCUGUGCAGACAACGCAAGUUAGGUUAGUUUUGGUUAUCUCCUAGAAUUUAUUUAUUAAAGACAACCAUCUUUGCAUUUUCUCAUUAUUUGAAUUUUACUUUGUCCAGUUCAUCUUCUUGCCUUUUCCUGAGUUUCAUUUUUGGCAGAUUUGGUUUCCAUACAACUGGUAGAGAGCAAGCCUUUAUUUAAUAGCUGAGCCUUUUGUUGCACUGCUUGCCUUAAUACAACCAAAUCGCACCAUUGACGAGCCUCCCGUUACCCUUGUGUUGUAGAUUUCUGAUACCAAAACACUGCAUACUUUGUGAUAUUUUUUAGGUUUGGAAUGAAAAGUGUAAGUCUGGAAGGUGUGAGAUUAAAUAUUGAUACUUUUACUGGAUUAUCUUUUAAUUUAUUCACUUUUAAAAUGCUUCAAAGUUCAAACUGAAUGUAUAGUUGAUUUUUUGUUUUGUUUACUUCAAUAUUCAUAUAGUCAUAUUUUUGUAGUAGUAGAUAUAAUCUAGAAUUCCGUUAUUGCUGGUUAGAAGGAUACCACAUCAUCAAUGUUUUAACAGUCACAGCACAGCACUUUAUCAAAUGUGAUUAUGCAGUGAAAUCUGGCAUCAGUGGUGUGUUCAAUUGUACGUUAUUAUGUCUGGCCUCUGGAAUUACUGAGCGCUAAUUUUGUUUACACUUAAUUGUUGUCCCAUGUUUUCUGGCAGAAGAAAGUCAUACCUAUAAUAAGAUCCCACAUAGUCUUGACAAGUUGUGAUUUUUAGCCGUUGUAUUGUUUAAGUCAUUGUUGUUAUAGCCAUUAAGGCCAAGUUUAUCUUGCCAUUUGUGUUAAUAUUGUAAGUAUAAACACUCCAACGUUCUCAAAAUUCUC